UUGGUUGAUAAGCCUACUGAAGAAGACUCGACGGUUAUUGCAGUUGGAGAUACCUCCGCCGCCGAUCAUGUGAACGUAGAUGAUGUUUGCAUGGCACACAUAAGAGCGGAGGAUUUGGAGGAACCACAGACCUCUACAUUUUUCGAAAAUGUCUGCGAUAAAUUUUCUUAUGACUUGGGAAACUUCACGUACAAAAUAUUAAGUGAUAACGAAAAACGUCAAAUUCUUGAUAUGGGGCCUUUACAGCCUUCAGGAACUUUUCCAACAGAUAUCAACCAGAAUAAAAGGUGUUUUUAA